AUGAGCCACCGGUUCCCGAUCCAGGAGAAGGUGUUCCCGCCGCUGCAGCUCUCCGACUCGAACAGGGAAAAGCUCGUGAACACGGCACUGAUGCAGCUUUCGCGCGCGCUGCGGGACUACGACAAGUAUCAAAAGUGGCAGGCCUCGCGUCCUCCGAGUCUUCGGUAUCAACUGCACCCGGCCAUGUGGAAGCCCGUCAAGACCUGCGAGCAGCUCACGGUCUAUCGGCGAGUGCCCGCGGACGACGCAGUAGUUACAGCUCCGUCAGGAGGCACCAGGAGGCGAGCGCGUAGUAGGACACUAGAAGCCAUGCGGUUGGCUCGCGCGACAGAUUCCUCCGACUCGGUGUCCUCGGCUCCGAAGGAUUCCAAUUCAGAAGGAGAGUGGCCGUUCCCCAACCGAGGUUCGGGGCCGGCCGGCAACGGCGAGUGGAACAUGCCGACGCUGCUCCAAGUAGGAACGAUCGAGGGCACGCUGGACGACGUCAUGUACGGCACUGCCACGUUCGACGGCACAGGGACGUUGAUCAAGUCUUCGUACACCCAAGAAGAGGUCGUGGACGCCGACACAAUAUACACAAUCCAGGGCCCGACAGCGGAGGACCCGUUCCGGUUCCUCGGGUUGAAGUGGGUCGUCAAGGCCACGUCCCCCGCCGUCAAGGCUUUCGUCUGGCCUCGGGACCUCACUUUCAUCGCAGCAACAGGCAUCUUGAACCGCGAAGGAGGCGAACGCGUGGGCUACCACAUGAUGCACUCGGUCGAUCUGGGCAAAGGCUUCGGUCCGCUCGAAGGAAAGCGGAUCAUUCGAGGCCGAGUAUCGUCGUGCUUCCUGUACCGACAGACGUCGGGCAACACGGUGGACGUGUACAUGAAGACCAACUUCGAGCCGAACGGGUCGGUGCACGAGGGGGUGGCGCUGCUAUCGGCGGCCAACAGUCUCACGUACUGCUUGAAGGCGGCGCUGUGCGCGCAGAACAAGAAGCUGGCGUGGCUGCUGGCCCACCCGACAACGGACGAAGCUGCGGUUGGGGCUGCACGACCCAGCAGCAUCAAGAUCAAGAAGCGCAACGACUGUGGAGUUUGUAUGAGACCGAUGGGCACCUUCUCGCGAGCGCACACCUGUCGAGUCUGCAGCGUCCGCGCGUGCUCGUCCUGUUGCGUCAAGAAGAAGCUGUACGUGCCGGGUAUGGGAUUCAAGGCCAUCGACGAGCGGUCCGUGGUCAUCUGCACGCACUGCUUGACGGACGCAAGGAAGCUCAACUCGAUGGAGAUCGCAAAGGAGGAAGUGAGUGAGCGCAAACGUCUGGGCCAGCGCCGUGGAACGCUGCGAGGGUCUGAAGCCCCCGGACGCAUCACGCGCAGUCAGAGCCGCCCCGAACCUGUCAGACAGAGGCGCGGAACGGUAAUCACGGCCAGCAGCGACAGAGGACACGGCAAGGGGGCGAUCAACGUCGACAAGGUGUUCCAAACAGCCCCUGUUCGACGAGUGAGCCGCGCACCGCGUCCAACCGAGAGGAAUGUGGAGCCCAAGUCUUCUCCUGCUCGCGAAAACUAUAAGACCAAAGUCGCCGACAAGGCGAAGCCGACUGCAGCUCCGUCUCCUGCUGCCGCUCAGCGAGAUAUCUGGGACGUUGACUCGGACACGGAAGACGACAACAGCCCCGUCGUGAGCUCGCAGACCGUUGCGAUGGACGACUCGCUCCCCGAGGCGGUGGUGGAGUACGCUUGGGGAGCGGUUGUGCCGUCCCCAACCAACAAAACCGCGUCCGAGUCGUGGCCUUCCCCACCAUCAUCGCCGCUGGCGUCGCCGACGCCAUUGCCGAAGGAGACGGGGGUGCCGUUGUGGCCGACGACUGAGGGAGAACGCGCGACGGUGUGGACACCGCCCACCAUGCCACAGAUUCCUCGCAUCCAGGCGGGAGCCUCGACCGAAGAGGUGCUGGCGCAGUUCGCCGAGCUCUGCAACGCCGCCGAGAACGUGUACCAGGCCGCGAGGAAGCACACCAUCACGCACCUGGACCCCGCCGUGCUGCCCACGCGUCAAACUACCACCAGACUCGACAUGAGCGCCGUGGAUUAA